AUGCCGCACACACGACGUCCCAGGAAAACCGAUUCCAAACUCCAGCAGCAGAAACGCCUGCAAGUCACCGACGCGGACGGCUGGACGCACGUCACCACCAACAAAAACGUGCGACGGGCGCUGCGCCCCAACCAGAGCGCCAACGGAGAGUCGUCAACCCCGUCGCUGAUCCCAGCCGAAGCCCCAUCGCAAUUGACACUAGAUGACCUUCAAACCCAGUUCAAUGGGUACCGCGAGAGAUGGGAGGGAUCGGAGACAUGGCGCGUGAUGGCGGAUACACUCCGGAGGAGGUUCGAAGGGACCAGUUCAAUCGCUGAUCCGGAUGCCCGCGCGACUCCACUGGAGAACAUCGUCUGCAUUGGCCUUGGAAGCCCGAGCGGGUUUCUGCGAGGGGGGUGGGUAGAUCGCCGGAGUGUGUCGCUGUAUCAGCUCGCUGCGUUGGUGUGCGUAACGGAGUCGAUCAAGAAAUAUUGUCCCUCGAUCACCGCCUACGCCCAAGAUCCUGUCUUCAACCAGCUCGACCGGUCGCUUCUCAAUUUGCUCGGGAUCAGUGUUCUCGAUCACCCCGAGGGGUUUGCGAAGGUCUCCGAUCGGUCAUUCCUGUACUGUCCCGGUGCGGAACGGACGCAUCUUGAGCAAUUGCUCUCAUCUAAUCCGCCGUUGCUCUUCGGGGGUCCCCUGGAGGGGAUCGAGUCCGAGAUUGUGGGUCGGUAUCUCGGCACCAGGGAGUCAGUGCGAAUCCCUACCUUUGGAAGCAAUGAGCAUGCGUUUUGGAAUAUGCGAUUGUACCUUUUGUAG